CGGAGCCGGUGGGUGCCCAGCCCGGCGGCGCUCGGAGCCAGCCCGGCGCGGGCACCCGCCGGCAGCGAUGCCGCUCGCCCAGCUGCCCGAGCCCUGGCCCGACAUGGAGCUGGUGCAUCUGGACACGGAGAACGGGCAGGCAGCUCCAGAAGAAGGUGGGAAUCCUCCAUCCAAGGCAAAAUCUGACAUCACUUGGAUAGAGAAAGACCUGGUGGACUCGGCGGAGAAGGGGGAAGGUGUCGUGCAGGAAAUCAACAUCACACACCAUGUGAAGGAGGGCUCCGAGAAGGCUGAUCCCUCGCAGUUUGAGCUCCUGAAGGUGCUGGGACAGGGCUCUUUUGGCAAGGUUUUCUUGGUGAGAAAAAUAACACCCCCAGACAGCAACCACCUCUAUGCCAUGAAAGUGCUCAAGAAGGCGACACUGAAAGUGCGGGAUCGACUGAGGACAAAGAUAGAAAGGGACAUCCUGGCUGAUGUCAACCAUCCCUUCGUGGUGAAACUCCACUACGCAUUCCAGACGGAGGGGAAGCUGUACCUCAUCUUGGAUUUCCUCAGAGGAGGUGACCUUUUCACUCGGCUUUCCAAAGAGGUCAUGUUCACCGAGGAGGACGUGAAGUUCUACCUGGCAGAGCUGGCACUGGGACUCGACCACUUGCACAGCCUGGGGAUCAUCUACAGGGACCUCAAGCCAGAGAACAUCCUCUUGGAUGAAGAGGGGCACAUCAAACUCACAGAUUUUGGCUUGAGUAAGGAGGCCAUAGACCACGAGAAGAAAGCCUACUCCUUCUGUGGGACGGUGGAGUACAUGGCUCCAGAGGUGGUGAAUCGCCAGGGCCACUCGCACAGUGCUGACUGGUGGUCCUACGGGGUCCUCAUGUUCGAAAUGCUCACGGGGUCACUGCCUUUCCAGGGGAAGGACCGUAAGGAUACGAUGACCCUCAUCCUCAAAGCGAAACUGGGCAUGCCACAGUUCCUGAGCGCUGAGGCUCAGAGCCUCCUGCGAGCCCUUUUCAAAAGGAAUCCAGCCAACAGAUUAGGGUCUGGGCCAGAUGGGGCAGAGGAGAUCAAGCGCCACCCUUUCUACUCCACCAUCGACUGGAAUAAGCUGUACCGCAGGGAAAUCAAACCCCCUUUCAAGCCCGCAGUGGGCCAGCCAGAUGACACCUUUUAUUUUGACACAGAAUUCACAUCGCGGACACCAAAAGACUCCCCGGGUGUCCCCCCGAGUGCAGGGGCCCAUCAGCUCUUCCGAGGCUUCAGUUUCGUGGCAACGGGGUUAAUGGAGGAUGGCAAAGUGAAACCUGCCCAGCCACCCCUGCAUUCAGUUGUGCAGCAGCUGCACGGCAAGAACGUCCAGUUCAGCGAUGGGUACGUGGUGAAGGAGGCCAUCGGCUCCGGCUCCUACUCCGUCUGCAAACGCUGCAUCCACAAGGCCACCAACAUGGAGUAUGCAGUCAAGGUGAUUGACAAGAGCAAGCGAGACCCUUCAGAGGAGAUCGAGAUCCUGCUGCGGUACGGGCAGCACCCAAACAUCAUCACCCUGAAAGAUGUGUACGAUGACGGGAAGUACGUGUACCUGGUGACCGAGCUCAUGAGGGGAGGGGAGCUGUUGGAUAAAAUCCUCAGACAGAAAUUUUUCUCGGAGAGAGAAGCCAGUUCAGUCCUGCACAUGAUCUGUAAAACAGUGGAGUAUCUGCAUUCCCAAGGGGUGGUUCACAGGGACCUGAAGCCCAGCAAUAUCCUCUACGUGGAUAAAUCAGGGAACCCCGAGAGCAUCCGAAUCUGUGACUUUGGCUUUGCCAAGCAGCUCAGGGCUGAGAACGGGCUCCUCAUGACCCCCUGCUACACAGCAAACUUCGUGGCACCCGAGGUCCUGAAACGCCAGGGUUACGACGAGGGCUGUGACAUCUGGAGCCUGGGGGUCCUGCUGUACACGAUGCUGGCAGGCUGCACUCCCUUUGCAAAUGGUCCCAGUGACACUCCAGAAGAGAUCCUGACACGGAUAGGAGGGGGGAAGUUCUCCAUCAGUGGGGGCAAUUGGGACACUAUUUCUGACAUGGCCAAGGAUCUGGUAUCAAAGAUGCUCCACGUAGAUCCUCACCAGCGUCUCACAGCCAAGCAGGUCCUGCAGCAUCCUUGGAUAACCCAGAAGGACAGUUUACCCCAGAGCCAGCUCAAUCACCAGGACAUUCAGCUUGUAAAGGGCGCCAUGGCUGCCACAUACUCGGCACUCAACAGCUCCAAGCCAAGCCCUCAGCUGAAGCCCAUUGAAUCCUCCAUCCUGGCACAGAGGCGAGUGAAGAAGCUCCCCUCCACCACCCUGUGAGCCCCACGGUGCAGGAACAGCCCGGAUUUUGCACACCCACAGAGGAGGGGGACAGGGGACUGUCAGGGUCUGCACAGGUGCUCCCCUGGGACUUGCUCUCAAAAGGCCAAGUGCCUUCCUGCUCCUGAAAGACUGGCUCCUCCUCUUGUGGACUGAUCUUUGCUGAGAGAACUUCACUGUAAAACUUUUUUGACGUGUAAAUUGUCAAUUUUUAAAGAAAUCCAUCUGUGUAUAUGAGAACUAUAAUGUAUAACUGAUGUCAAGUGGCACUAAAAAGCAGCUCUGAUUCACCCUUCCCUGUGUAGGGCCAGGUAUUUGUUGUUGCUACAGCAUUUCUUGGAACUGAUCCUCUUCAACUCCACAGCAGCUGGAAGACUGUGUCACACUUGGGGUUUAGGCUUUGAGGCUUUUCCUCCCUCAAGCCUUUGGAUAUAUUUCCCAAAGCCAGCCCUGCAGCACUCCUGUCCACAAGGACCUCCCUGCCCUCCAAGUCCUGUGUGUUUGUUCCACACAAGGUGGAUUUUGCAGCCUCCGUUUCUCCCUCUCUCCCGUGCCCCCCCCCAGCCCAGCUCAGAUCUCUGAACAAAAUAAACCACGUUUUUUCCAAGCCCUCCCACAGAUGCUCAGCAGGCCAGGACACCUCCGAGGUUUGGCUCAUUCCUCCUCUGCCCUCCAGUCUCGGUGUUCUCCCCUCACUGGGGAGUUUGUCACCUGGGGAGGAGGGUGACAGAACUUCUUCCUCCCUGGCAAAGCCAAGGCUUUGGGCUGGCUCUGGCUGCUGCUUUUACCCCUUGGGGGUUUUCCUUCCCCUUCCACUCAGCACCCUCUGAACCAAACCACCCUUCAUAUUUUUUAAUUUAACUUUGUUCUCCAGCCGGUAACUCAGGGUUUCUUUCUGACUCGUACAAUAAACGUCAUUCAGGGGC